CGUAACAGUUUAUGCGACAGGUGAAGGUCGGAAGACAAAAACCUUCCCAACGUGUUUAUCCAUCUUACAGUAGUACUCUCUGAUCCAUCUCAUUCCCCCCGAGAGACGGAUAUAAUAAAACCCAGAAUACGAUGCGGUUGUUAAGCGGAGCGGUGUUGCGGGCCACGAUGAGACACCGCUGUCGCUACUUUUCUGUGGCACAAAACAACUGGAACGCCAGAAAAGGUCUGGUACUCGGCGUUUACGAGAGCGAGGAGGAGGACGCCUCUCUCCAUCUGACUGAAUCAGCAGCUGGUGUCGACAGAGUUCUGUCUGGUAAACUGACUGAGCUGCUAAAGAUAUCAGGACCAGGUCUGAAGAAAGGGAAGACCAGAAUAUUCUACGGUCUUCAUGAGGACUUCCCAUGCAUAGCAGUAGUUGGUCUAGGGAGGAACUCUCUGGGUGUGUGUGGAACAGAGUACUGGGACACCUGUAAGGAGAACAUCAGGGCUGCUAUAGCAGGAGGCUGCAGGGUUCUCCAGAACCAUGUGUUGACCCAUAUCGAGGUGGACGGGUGUAAUGACAGCCAGUCAGCAGCAGAGGGAGCUGUUCUUGGGCUGUUUACUUACGAUGACCUGAAAACCAAGAAGAAGACCAGAGUCACCACACAGCUGCACGGCAGUGGAUGUGUGUCUGGCUGGGAGAAGGGCGUGUUGUACGGAGAGGGGCAGAACCUGGCCCGUUACCUGAUGGAAGCUCCAGCCAAUCACGUCACUCCGUCAGUCUUCGCUGACACCAUCACAAACAGACUGGCUCCCUACGCCGACCACGUCACCGUCCAUAAGAGGUCUCAAGAGUGGAUAGAGGAGCAGCAGAUGGGAGCUUUCCUCAGUGUUUCUAAAGGCUCAGAGGAACCGCCUGUCUUCCUGGAGCUACACUACAACGGUUGUCCUGACAACACACAGUGUCCUCUACUGCUGGUGGGCAAGGGCAUCACCUUUGACAGUGGUGGGAUCAGUCUAAAGCCUCCGUCAGGUAUGGACGCGAUGAGGGCUGAUAUGGGAGGAGCCGCCACGGUGUGUUCCGCCAUCGUCACGGCAGCAGCCCUCAACCUGCCAAUCAACAUCAUAGGUCUAGCACCUCUUUGUGAGAACAUGCCCAGUGGGAAAGCCAACAAGCCUGGAGAUGUCGUCACCGCCAAGAACGGCAAAACCAUACAGGUGGACAACACAGACGCAGAGGGACGGUUGAUCCUAGCAGAUGCUCUCUGUUACGCUCACAGCUUCAACCCCAGGGCCAUCGUCAACGCUGCUACCCUCACUGGUUAGUACCCUCACUGGUUAGU